AUGUGCAACCCUAAAUUGAGGAACUAUAAAAAGACGGAAAAAACUAAAAAAUCAAAUCGUGAUUUCAUCAUGGCAACAGAAACCGGAAGUGGAAGAGGAAAAGGAGGCAAAGGAGUAGUACUUGGAAAGGGUUCCAAAGGUGCAAAAGCGUCCAAAGGAGGAAAGAGAAUCAGAUCGAAGCCUGGACAACAAGACGCGUUGAAAGGAAUCACCAAACCCGCCAUUAGAAGACUUGCGCGUAGAGGUGGUGUCAAGAGAAUUAAUGGCCUUGUCUACGAAGAAACUCGAAACGUGUUGAAGCAAUUUUUAGAGCAAGUCAUUAGGGACUCGGUCACUUACACUGAACAUGGAAAGAGAAGAACUGUGACUGCAAUGGAUGUUGUGUACGCACUUAAGAGACAGGGCAGAACUCUUUAUGGAUAUGCUUAA